AUGGCAGGCAUGGCGCGAAAGGAGUCGGCAGGGAGCAUUCCUGAAGCAAGCCUUCCAGAGAUGAUUGAUGAACUCAAUUCUGUGCUGGUUCCUGACGAGGAAAUCGCGCGCGUGCACGAUUACGCGGAGAAGAAACGACUCGCACAAGAACGUCGCGUGGCGGAGCGGAAAAAGAUGCAGGAUACACUGGAUCAGCUGGAGGCGUCCGUCUCUGAACUGAGAAAUAGCUCUACGCGUGUUUCUGCGGAUUGGCGCUCUUUGGACGAGCAUACGGAUAUCAUGAAGGGCAUGGAGAAUGAAAAGUUUGACCUAGCCAAGAAAAUCAACGAGCAAGAAGCGGCGCUAUCCAUGCUUGAGUCGGAAAUUGAGGAGAUGCGAUGCGAGGGUGACGCAGUAGAAGCGUGGGAUAUUGAAGAGGAAGUUGGUAUGGACCGUAAUGCCCUAUCACUCCAGCUAUUUCGUGGAAUGGGCUUUAUUCCGUACCAGGACACGGCGGAUCCUGAAGCGCCCAUCACCUCGUUGCUUGUGCGUUCUGCAAAGCGCAACGCAGCCGUGUCCAUCGACAUCGACCCUGCAUCCCUUCGCGAUAACGAUAUGACGCCAUUCACGCUAGCCGAGAAGCUUUGGGCAGCGGCAGAGUAG